ACAUUUUCAAGCAGAAUUGUAGAUUCUAAUACAUGUUUUUAAUCGAAAUAUUUUAUCCGUUCUUGUGAGUGACUAUUAGCCAAGGAUUAUCAUAAUCAAGGGAUAUAGCUGUUCACUGAUUUACUAAUGUUACCACCUGGCAGAUAAUACUUGCCAGUUAUAUUCAAUAUGGACAUAUUAUGCGAAAGAGAAAGAUGCAUACGAAAGAAUUGGAAAGCGGCAAGAAGGCGUAUACAGUACAGUACACAUUGUUAUAAAACUGACCAUAUUACAUCACGGAAAAAAUUUGCAAGAACACAUAACAUUUUUAUAAAAGAUUCUAUCAUUUUCAUGCCGUGCUUGGUCAUAGUUUUAAUGUGUUAUUUCGAACUUCCCGCUUCUGCAGCCAGAAUCAAUGAAAAGAAUUUUCAAAAUGAAUUGAGUAACGUUUUGGCAUCUGAACCACAAUCAGAUCGUUGGAGGCGGAGAAUUCGUGCCAUGGGCGCGGAAAAUAUCAUAAAUCAAAAUCGCAUCAACGAUAGGGUAAAGCGAUCAGAUGAGGAUGCAAGAGAUUCCUCGAUUGGUAUAGGAUACCCUAACCCUGGAGAGAUAAGAGAAGAUUGGCUUUACCAAGACAAUUAUACUAACAAAGCUUACGGCGAUUAUGAUAUGGAUAUUUUGAACGAUACUAAUGGAGACGGGGAGUUGAAUAUGAUUAUUAAAAAGUUAUAUUCCGGACCAGUAUGUGCUCUUGUGGAUGUCAGAAAUUCUCCGGACAAUUUGAGCGACCUGGAAAACUGUACUGUUGUCAAUGGUUUUGUUCAAAUUAUUUUUAUGCACAACUCCAAAGAAAGUGAUUUUGAGAAAUAUACAUUUCCAAAACUUCGUGUUAUUACGGAAUAUCUACUUGUCUAUCGUGUGUAUGGACUUCGUUCCUUGAGAAAAAUGUUCCCCAAUUUGGCAGUGAUUGGUGGAAGACGAAUGUUCUACAAAUAUGGAAUGGUUAUUUAUGAAAACCCACAAUUACAAGAGCUUGGUUUGGGAAGUCUGCAACACAUUGCAAGAGGGGGUGUCCGAAUCCAGAAAAACAACAAACUAUGCUAUCUUGACACUGUGGACUGGAAACGCCUUGGAAUGCUUGGUACCGAAGUUGUGAACAAAGAUAUGGCAACACCAGUUAUCCAAGACAACACCGUAUCUGGAGAAGAAACUUGUUUGAAUCAGUGCGGAGAAGAAAACGAUUGUUAUUCAGCCGAUUCACAGGGACAGGAAAGACAGCAUUGUUGGGGCCACAAAGUUUGCCAAAAACCAUUUUGUCCUGCGGAUUGUCCUAAUGCCUGCAUGAAUGGGAAGUGUAUAUGCCACGAACAAUGCCUAGCGGGAUGUCUGUCUCCAAAUAACGCAUCGUCGUGCCUUGCCUGUCUCCACAAGUCCCACAAUGGCGUGUGUGUACCGGAUUGCCCACCAAACACAUUUUUGGAAAACAAUUGGAGAUGUGUGACGCGGGAAUGGUGCCUUGACAUGACUUGGGUGCCACAUGAAGGCAAAUGCAUUUAUCAAUGUCCUCCGGACCAUAUAGAAGUUGGUGAUGAAAUUCAGGGAUAUUAUUGCAAAUUUUGUGGAAAACACUGCGGACACAAUUGUAAAGAUCCAGAAUACAGUUUAACCGAUUUAACAUCAAUAAAAAGUAUAUACGGAUGCACAAAAAUUCCUGGGCGUUUGGAACUCAAGAUUGUCGGUGGAGACGAUCUUUUGAAGUUACUAGAAGAAGUACUUCUUGGUAUAGAAGAAGUUGGAUCACUCGUCAUUCAGAAAACCGAAAUUCUUGUAUCUUUGGAUUUUUUUCGAAACCUCAAAAGAAUCACGGGAGCUUCUCAUGCAUUGAAGGAUGACACAUACAGUUUGUACGUUCUGGACAAUCAAAAUUUACGCGAAUUAUUUCCAACGAGAAAUACAACUUCGAAAUCGAAUUCUACCGUAACACAACCUUUGUCGAUUGAUGGAGGAAAGGCAUUCUUUCAUUUCAAUCCUCGAUUAUGUGUGAGAGAAAUUGAGAAAGUCAGUGACUUGACAGCCGAAAUAGAAGACGACAAAGACAUCAGCGAGACGACAAACGGAGAUAGAGCGACUUGUGACAUGAUUCCACUCAACAUUAUUGACAUUGAACACAUGCCUUAUAUGGGAGUUGCUGCUUUCGCUACAGCGAGAGUAAAAUGGGAAAAGGUUGCUAUUAGCGACCCACGUACUUUAAUUGGAUAUCAAGUAUUCUACAGAGAAUCGAAAUACAAAAAUGCAACAAGAUUUGAAGGUCUAUAUGCAUGUGGAAAAUCGAGUAGUUGGCUCAUAAAGGACAAGUUGGUGAAUCCCCAGGAUUUCCAUUUUAAUAUCACCGACGCAGUAUUGCAUAACCUGAAGCCUUUCACGCAAUACGCACUUUACGUAAGAACGUACAUGACGUCAACGGCACAAAAAGGAGCUCAAUCUGAAAUUAUUUAUUUCAUGACAGAACCCAGCAAACCCUCCGAGCCAGUUGAUUUGAUCGCUACUGCAUUGAACACAUCUGCAAUAUUUGUGGAAUGGAAACCUCCUACAUAUCCUAAUGGAAACCUAACCCAUUACUUCGUCAGAUGGAGAAGGCAGAAGGAAGACAUGGAAUUGAUUCUAAGUGUGGACAUGUGCUUAUCCGGUAAAUCAAGUUAUCCAACCAAGACUUCGAGUUCUAUCGACAAACCUGUCGUUGUGCCAACUCAAGCAACAUCGUCAGCAUCUGGAAAGGAAUGCUCAUGCGAAUCGAAAAAAACUUUAUCAUCUCACGAAGAAGAUGCGAACAACAAUUUAAAUUUUGAAAAUUUUUUGUUCAAAAGUAUUUUCCAAGUACGAUACAUUAAUAUGGAUUAUGACGAUAUAUAUGGAGGAGAACGUAAGAAGCGAUCGUUUUAUGACGACACAAUGUAUCGUGAAAGGCGAAAUGUUGAGAAUUCGGACACUAAUUCCACAGCCACAAAUGAGACUGACAAUAAUGAAUUUUAUACCAUUCCCGAAGCAACAGCCACAAUCCCGAGCAAUGCGGAGAUAGAAUAUACCUGGAAUUUUGAAACAGUAUCGGACACAAAGAUAACUCUAAAUGAUCUUCAUCAUUUCUCUGAAUAUGAGAUACAAGUUUUUGCAUGUAAUCAUGCUUCGAAUAUGUAUGGUGGAGGUGGAUUUUUAAACGAACAUGGAUGUAGCAUCGAAUCAAUCACCGCACAACGAAGUCAGAGAAAAGCAAGUGCUGACGUCAUACCGAAAAAUUCGUUCCAGUUGGUUGAACACGAAACAAAGGAACAUACGCAGCAAAUGUUUCAAUGGGAAGCUCCUCCUGAUCCAAACGGUUAUAUCAAGUUCUAUACUAUUGAAUUCCAAAGGAAAUCGGAAGAGACGUUCGUCAGCGACAGUGAAGAAUGUUUCUCGCUAGACAAAUUUAUACUCAAUAAAGGAAGAUUCGCUAUUCCCAACAGUCUUACAGCUGGUACAUACCGAGCUCGUGUCAUGGCCGUAUCGUUAGCUGGGAAAGGCGAAUGGACGGACUUUUUGGAGUUUGAAGUCAUCGAUACUGUUGGUAUUGGACCGAAAAAAAGCGAACAAAACAUAUGGAUUGCGGCUGUUGUUGUUGCGUUUCUAAUUGUCUUUUUUACGCUGAUGUCAGUUUGCUACUACAGAAGGAAAAAGAAAGCCGAAGCGCGUAAUGCUAUGAUAUAUUCAUCGGCCAAUCCUGAAUAUGUAAGCUUAGCUGCCAAUUAUAUUCCCGAUGGUUAUGAAGUUAAAGAAAGCGAUGUUGAACUGGUUAAAUUAAUCGGACACGGAAAUUUUGGAAAGGUAUUUGUCGGUUUUGCCAAAAAAGUUAUCAAAGGCGAGGAUAGAACGCAAGUUGCAAUUAAAAAGCUUCGUGAAAAAUCAGCGAUUCCGAAAAGAAUCGAGUUUCUGGAAGAAGCAAAAUUGAUGAAAGCUUUCAAUGCUACUCACGUCGUUCGUUUGCUAGGCGUUGUAUCACAAACACAAGACCCAAUGGUUAUUAUGGAAUAUAUGGAACGAGGAGAUUUGAAAUCACAUUUGAGGUCAAGAAGAGAAGAAGUUGAGCACGACACAGAGAAUUGGUCACCACCUCCGUCUUUGAGCGAAAAAUUAGAAAUGGCGGCUGAAAUUGCCGACGGAAUGGCUUAUCUUGCUGAAAUUAAAUACGUACAUCGAGACUUAGCUGCAAGGAAUUGCCUGGUCAGCGCUGAAGGUGUCGUGAAAAUCGGCGAUUUUGGUCUCACCAGAGAUGUAUAUGAAACAGAUUAUUAUAGGAAAGAUAGCAGAGGACUUUUGCCAAUCCGUUGGAUGGCGCCUGAGUCCCUUCGAGACGGUGUUUUUGAUUCCCAAUCAGAUGUGUGGUCUUAUGGAGUGGUUUUGUGGGAAAUUGCUACUCUGGCUGAACAGCCGUACCAAGGAUUACAACAUGACCAAGUAACCAGAUACGUAAUUGAUGGUGGAUAUAUGGAAAAACCGAAAGCUUGUCCUAAAAAAUUAUAUGAUCUCAUGUUGAACUGUUGGGAAUUCAAUCCUGAAAUGCGUCCAAAGUUUACUGAAAUCCUGACGUCACUGUCUAAUGACGUCACCGAGAGAUUUAAAGAGGAAUCGUAUUUUUACGAACAGAAAAGAAUAAAAAAGAGCGAAAUGCCCAAGUUUAAAGAACUAACGGACGAAGAAAUAUCACUUCUGAACGGCGAAGCCAUAUUUACAAGAGAGGGGUCGUUCAGGAUAGUUACCCCAUUAAAUUUAACCCCGUCUCGAAGCAGAAGUGAGACACCUUGUGGAUGUCACACACCAGUAAGCAGACAUUCGAACGGAUCCUCCAAAAUUGGAUCCGAAUUUUUACCGCAUUGUGAGCAUCUGAAGAAAAUUGAAAAUUCAGCGUUUAAUGUUUAUGCUCCUAACGGGAUGGCUGGUGGACUUGCACAUUCAACAAGUUUGAAAAGCAAUAUUCCAAGAAGAGGUUCCGGUAUUCUGCGUAAGUCUGAAAGUUUCAAUCUUAGAGGGGUUCGGAACCCAUCGCCCCAUCCUAAAAAGACCCCUCCAAGUACUUUAACCCGGCGGGGUGACGAUUUAUACUACUCUUUAAGUACUUCCGGUAUAGAAGCUGAUAUCGGAAGUGACGUCACAGAAAAUGGAGGUCCACUUCAAGGUCUCACCAAAUCAAUGAACAAUCAUACAAGCAAAAAUACAAAUUCUGAACCUCAAAAGGAUAUUUCAUAUGCUAUGUUAUCAGCCUUGCCAGGCUCAAGCCAAAGCAGUCAUAUUCCAGCGAACGAAAAACAAGAUAGCAAUAAAAAAAGUGCAACAGACGCACCUUACGCACAUAUGAAUGGUUUCACGAAGCGACAUAAUUCACAAACCGGAAGACCAAAUCAUUUAAUUCGAUCAUCAUCUCGAAAAGAUCAUCAUCGAGAACCUCGAGUAGACGACGAAUCUAGUUACGUGGAGUCGAGCCCUCAGCAUAAUUCAAAAUACAGCGAAAAUCAGCCAUUGAUCAAUCAUUUCCAUCCGCUUUUAAACGCCCCGCCCCCUCCUCCACCAACUGCCCCGCCCCCAUUUCCUCCUCUCCAAAGACCAUUGUUACAGUCUUGAAUUGAAUUCGAAAUAUUGACUUUUUUGAAAAACAGGUACUAUUUGUGAUGGUACAGUGACGUCAUAGAAGUGUGACGUCAUUAAAAUAUUUGAAUCUUUCUAUAUCUUGCCUAGAACAUUACCCCAAGUAAAAUUUUAAACGCUGAACAUGGUAUAUUGAAAACUACCCAUUUGUUUUCGUCAAAUGCACUCUACCUCGACAAUUCAUAUAUCAUUUCAUUUGUAAUCAUCGAAUCAAUCAAUUCCAAUUCAUUAUGAAAGAAUAUGCUGGAGAAGCUAGGAAAUAUUGCUUAUGAAGUAUAAUUGAAUAAACGGGUUUUAUAUAACAGUUACCUGAACAAAACUUUAUGCAUCCCACUAAAUUCUAAUAAGUAAUUUUACUUUGUGGUACAGUAAUUUUUCAAUGAAAACCCAUUUGCAGAGCCCUUGGCAACUGUGGGUACAUCUCUAUUUUCUGUGUAUUUUCAGAAAUAAUGUUCUCGUUAUCCUUGAAAAUAUGUCAUUGUCAUAUUAUAAUGUAUUUUUAGCAAAAAUAUUCAUUUUAUGCAAUUUCAGCUCAUAAUUUGUACUGUUCCAUCGUUAUUUUGACUUUACAAGAGAUUGUUUAUGUUUAAAUUACGUCAUCCUGUUUCCAUGACAAUUCGUUCUUUAAAUAUUUUUUUAUCAUUUUUUCUUUACAUUUUGUUCAUUUUUUUUUUAUUUAAAAUAUUGCAAAAAUUUUUCGGUGCGCUUUUCAUAAUGUUUGUGAUCUUUAAAUUUUAAAUAUUUACACAAAAAUAUACUAUGACAUCACGUUUUUAUGACGUAAUCAUCAUUUGAAAGUUCCGUCCAAUGAUGUUUUAUAAUUUUUGUUUCAAUCGUUAUGUAUGUCAUAACUAUUGCUGCCUAUAUUUAUAGUCAUCCAAGGAGUGGUGUGUUUGGGGCGUGUCCAAGUAUUUAUCCCCCUACAAAUGCUAUUUGUCUUGUCACGGCGUGAAUAAAUUUUUUUGUCAUAAAUUCAGUUCCUAAGUUUUAUUAUGUUAUUUUUAUCCUUGUUACGUUUCUGGCCAUGCAGUGAAAUUUGUCGAUUUUUCGGUAAUUUUUUUUAAUAUCAUUAAAGAAAUUGCAAUAUACUAGUGUUGUUGCGACUUUUUUGGACUCUCUGCUAUUUAUUAUUAGUUUUUUAUUAUUAUUAUUAUAUUUUGUUUAUCAAAUAUACUCCUAUUUCUUUUUCGAAAUAUGGAAUGCAAUAUGCUUUCAAAUAAAAGCGUUCUUACCAAAGAUA